GCCUAGCCUCCCGCUGCUACUUGUAUUUCUGCAACAAGAUGGCUGUCGUUCCUGAGAGCAGAGUCCUCACUUUCAGCGUUUUUAAAUGGAGCUCUUACUCCUCUACAUAUUUACCCGAGAAUAUCUUGGUGGACAAACCUAAUGAUCAGUCUUCCAGGUGGUCUUCUGAGAGCAACUACCCACCACAGUUUUUAAUCUUGAAAUUGGAAAGGCCGGCAAUCGUUCAGAGCAUCACCUUCGGGAAGUACGAGAAGACUCACGUCUGCAACCUGAAGAAGUUUAAAGUGUUUGGUGGGAUGAGUGAAGAAAACAUGACCGAGCUUUUGUCCAGUGGCCUUAAGAAUGACUACAACAAAGAAACGUUCACCUUAAAGCACAAGAUCGAUGAGCAGAUGUUUCCCUGCAGAUUUGUCAAAAUAGUGCCUCUGAUGUCUUGGGGUCCCAGUUUUAAUUUCAGCAUCUGGUACAUUGAGCUGCAUGGUAUCGAAGAUCCUGAUGUGGUGCAGCCCUGCCUUAACUGGUACAGCAAGUACAGGGAACAGGAAGCCAUCCGCCUUUGCCUCAAGCACUUCCGACAGCAUAACUACACAGAGGCCUUUGAGUCGCUGCAGAAGAAGACUCGGAUAGCACUGGAGCACCCGAUGCUCACCCACCUGCACGACCGGCUGGUGCUGCAAGGAGACUUUGACGCCUGCGAGGAGCUCAUAGACAAAGCUGUGAGAGAUGGCUUGUUUAACCAGUAUAUCAGCCAGCAGGAGUACAAGCCCAGGUGGAGUCAGAUCAUCCCGAAAUGCAACAAAGGUACAAGCGCCCAAGAAAUCAACCGAGACGACGUGAACAGCGACGGCGACGACAACAGGCCGGGGAUGAGGGGAGGACAUCAAAUGGUCAUUGACGUCCAGACUGAGACCGUUUACCUGUUUGGGGGCUGGGACGGCACACAGGACCUGGCUGACUUCUGGGCUUACAGUGUUCAGGAAAACCAGUGGGCCUGCAUCUCCAGAGACACAGAGAAAGAGAGCGGUCCGAGCGCUCGCUCGUGCCACAAGAUGUGCAUAGACUCCCAGCGGCGUCAGAUCUACACGCUGGGCCGCUACCUGGACUCCAGCGUCCGGAACAGCAAGUCCCUGAAGAGCGACUUCUACCGCUACGACAUCGACGCCAACACCUGGACGCUGCUCAGCGAGGACACGUCGGCCGACGGAGGGCCAAAGCUGGUGUUUGACCAUCAGAUGUGCAUGGACUCCGAGAAGCACAUGAUCUACACGUUUGGCGGUCGGAUCCUGACGUGUAACGGCAGCGUGGAGGACAGUCGGACGUCGGAGCCUCAGUUCAGCGGCCUGUACGCCUACCACUGCCAGGCGGGGACGUGGAGCCUCCUGCGGGAAGACUCGUGUAACGCCGGCCCGGAGGACGUCCAGUCCCGCAUCGGCCACUGCAUGCUCUUCCACACUAGAAACCGCUGUCUGUACGUGUUCGGAGGUCAGAGGUCAAAGACGUACCUCAAUGAUUUCUUCAGCUACGACGUGGACGGAGACCACGUCGAGAUCAUAUCUGAUGGCACCAAGAAGGACUCGGGCAUGGUACCGAUGACGGGCUUCACCCAGCGAGCCACAAUCGACCCCGAGCUCAAUGAGAUUCACGUCCUCUCGGGCCUCAGCAAAGACAAGGACAAGCGCGAGGAGAACGUCCGCAACUCCUUCUGGAUCUACGACAUCGCUCGCAACAACUGGUCAUGUGUGUAUAAGAACGAUCAGGCAGUGAAAGAAAACCCCACCAAGGCUCUGCAGGAGGAGGAGCCAUGUCCACGCUUUGCACACCAGCUGGUCUACGAUGAGAUGCACAAGGUGCAUUAUUUGUUUGGUGGAAACCCCGGGAAGUCUUGCUCUCCCAAGAUGCGCCUGGACGACUUCUGGUCCCUCAAACUGUGUCGGCCCUCCAAGGAGUACCUGCUCCGCCACUGCAGAUACCUCAUCAGGAAAUACAGGUUUGAGGAGAAGGCCCAGUCGGAGCCGCUGAGUGCGCUGAAAUACCUGCAGAACGACCUUUCACUCACGGUGGACCACACAGACCCCGAUGAGACCAAAGAGUUCCAGCUUCUUCCCUCGGCUCUCUUCAAGUCCGGCUCUGACUUCAUCCCUCUGGGUUUCUCCGACGUGGACCAGACGUACGCUCAGCGGACGCAGCUCUUCGACACGCUCGUCAACUUCUUCCCGGACAGCAUGACUCCGCCCAAGGGCAACCUGGUGGACCUCAUCACGCUCUAGCCCCGCCCCCACACCCACCGCCCACCCACUCGCCUCGCCACGCUGGACUGACUUUACACCCACCCACCCACAGACCCACGCCUGAUGGGACGGAGGAGGCAGAGACCAGUUAUUUUUCUAUUCCUGAAGCCUUCUGGUGGGCUCUGACCCUCUGCUGUGUCCCAGUCUGCAUUACCUGGUGGGGAGGCUCCACACACACACACACACACACACACACACACACACACACACACACACACACACACACACACACACACACACACACACACACACACACACACACACACACACACACACACACACACACACACAGUGGUAUCUGGAUAAAUGAGCCAAACUUGACAACCUAAGGUGUGUGUGUGUGUUUUUCUCUUUCCCCAACAUAUCCCUUUGUUUUUUUCUUGCUGAUGAACAUUUCUUGGAGCACGCAAAGCCCGUCUAAACUCUGCCAAACAUCGCUUGUGUUUUUCAUUUCCUCUUGAUACCCACCUCCCCACAAAGCCCUGAAAUGUUAAGGCCAAAAAAGAGGUUUUUGCACGUUUUUUUUUCAUAGAUCUUUCCCUUUUUUUUCUUUUUUUUGUUGUUGUAAAAAACAAAAAUCAAACACUUGAUUGUUUUCCUUUGUGCCCAUGCAAAACGCCCACACAGUCGACCGCUGGCGUCCAUCCACAUGUUUUGGAGCAAAAACAGAUGAUGAGGCGGCGCCUAUUCAUGCCAAGUGUUGCGAAAAGUGCGGUUCAAAUUCCCCGGUUGUUAAUCUAUUUGAAGGCCGGACGGUGUGACUGUAUGACAGUGAUACAGGAAACCACUUGACUCUCCACAGCUACAAGCUCUUCUGUUCUUUGGCUUACAUUUACCGCGAGCCUCUUCCUCAAACUCCUAUGUAAAGUUUCAUGUUGAUGAUUUGGCUAGCUUGCUUUUCUGCGACACAUGCCCCCUAUUUAUGAUUGUGAUGGCCAUGCAGAGGCAAAGACAAUGUAAUAGUGUUGUAGUAACAAUAGAGGAAUGAGUCUAUGAGAUAAAGUUUAAUAUAUAUCUAAAUAUA